ACUAUUUAGCGUUUUAGGACGGUAUUCUUUUACAAGUUUUGUUAACGGAAUAAAACGACAAUAAUGGCUGCCGCAAGCAUCCCCUCACCAUGGCUUCUUCGAAGAGCAUUUCAGGCUUUGGCUUUCUCUCAACCUCUUCAUUUCAACAAAAACCUUUCCUUCUAUGGAAAUCUCCGCUCUUUUCCGUUUCAUAAUCCGCUCAGAAGUUUAGGUUUAUGUCACAUUGCUCAAGUUAUAAAGGGGGAUAACGAUGUUUUACUUAAAGGAGUGGGAGAUAAAAAUGCUAUCGAAGAAGUGAAACAUAUACUUGAUAUGGCAAGAUGUGCAGCAACAAGAAGAGAGGUCUACCAUACGGAUUUUCUAACUCCUCCGGUAUUGAAGGAGUCAUUGACAGUCUUGGGAAAACUGGCUGAUGUUAAAGUGGUUGCACAGGGAGGGUAUCCUCAGGCUGAGCGUUAUCGUAUUUCUGUUGGACAUUCUGAAGUAUUGACCAGUGAUCCUGAUGUUGUUGCAGCAAUAAAUAUCUCAGGCAACUUCAGCUUUCAACCUUGUUCUCAUGGUGACUUCCUUGGUGCAAUUCUUGGUAAAGGUAUCGCUAGAGAGAAGCUUGGGGAUAUUAUUUUGCAGGGAGAAAAGGGAGCUCAGAUCCUGAUUGUUCCCGAACUCGUUGACUUUAUUAUGUCGACACUGGACAAGGUUGCUAAUGUAUCAGUGUCAUGUACACAGAUACCUCUGCUUUCUCUUGAAUAUGAGCCACCAAGGACACAGUCAUUCAAAACCGUAGAAGCAUCACUUCGGGUUGAUGCUCUUGCUAGUGCAGGGUUUAAGAUUUCAAGAUCUAAACUAGUUAAUUUGAUCAGCAAUGGAGAUGUACGUGUAAAUUGGACUACUGUAACAAAAAAUGGAACCAUCCUCAAGACCGGAGACGUUGUCUCUGUUAGUGGGAAAGGGAGGCUAAAGAUUGGAGAAAUAAACACUACAAGGAAGGGGAAGUUUUCUGUUGAACUCAUUAGGUAUUUGUAGGCUUUUAUGACACAAGCAAUUAAAAGAGAUUGUUUGAGUUUUAAGCCAAUUGAUAAUUGGUGUUUG